CACCUGCUAUCGGCAAUUUUCCAGUUCGAUUUUGGCAGUACAGAUUUCAAUAGCGCCUCACGCAAAAUGGAGCUCGAGAUAGUGAACGCGAAGAACAGCAAACCCUAUGGCAAGGUGAAGGUGCCCUCCGCCGCCACGCCCAUCUCGGAUUUGCGCGCCCUUAUCCACAAGAGCUUGAAGCAGACUCCGAAUGCCAACCGCCAAUCGCUGCGGCUGGAGUUGAAAGGCAAGAGCCUGAAGGACACGGAUACUCUGGAGACUCUGUCCCUGCGCUCCGGUGAUAAGGUCUACGUUAAGGAUCUGGGUCCGCAGAUCGGUUGGAAGACAGUUUUUCUGGCAGAAUACGCCGGUCCCCUGAUCGUCUACCUGAUUUUCUACUUCCGGCCUGAGCUAAUCUAUGGAAAAUCGGCCACUUUGCCAAUUUCCCUAACAACCCACAUUGCCGCCGGCUGCUACACGGUCCACUAUGUGAAGCGGCUGCUGGAGACGAUCUUCGUCCACCGAUUCUCUCACGCCACCAUGCCGCUGAGGAAUCUCUUCAAGAACUGCACCUACUAUUGGGGAUUCACCGCCUAUGUGUCCUACCACGUGAACCAUCCGCAGUUCACGUCACCAUGCAUGUGCACAGUUUGGGCUGCGCUCGGGGCCUUUGCCCUCUGUGAACUGGGCAAUUUUUCAGUGCACAUUGCCCUGCGCAACCUGCGCCCACCGGGAACCAAAGUGCGCAAGAUUCCCGUGGCCGAUGCCAAUCCCCUGACCAAGUUGUUCAACUUGGUUUCGUGCCCCAACUACACCUAUGAGAUCGGUGCCUGGGUCUCCUUUUCCGUGCUCACUUCUUGCCUGGCUGCAUAUCUGUUCGCCUUCGCCGGAGCUUUCCAGAUGACGGUGUGGGCCCUGGCCAAGCACCGCAACUACAGAAAGGAGUUCAAGGACUACCCUCGCCAGCGCCGCUCCAUCUUUCCGUUCGUCCUGUAGGACGGAUGCCCCCAUGACGCAUUCGCUGUAUUACCUAUUCCACAUUACCUAUAACACAUUACACAUUUUGGCUAGCGUUAAACAGGGUAGUUGUCUAAUGAACUUUGUGCUUUCGUUAAUUAAAAGCAAAUACAAAUUGGAGAAGCGUA